CUGCUGAAUCUCCAGGAUGGCCAUACAGUUCCGUGCAAUCUUCCCCUUAGCCUUGCCUGGAGUGUUGGCACUCGUCGGCUGGUGGUGGUUUUUCUCUCGAAAAAAAGAGCAUGUCAGCAGUCGUGACAGGCAGGCAGUGGCCACAGCCAAAGAUCUUAGGACAGACACCCCAAUUGAGGAAUCUCUCUUGAGGGAAGAAGUCCGCUACACCAGAGUAGUGCCUUUACCAUCAGAUGGUUCACGACCUCCGGAAAAAGAGAUAGUAACUAUGGGUAAAUCUUCUGUGGAACUUGUAACUAAACCAUCACAGGCAUAUCCAGUUCCAAGAAAAUCAGAUUCUACUAGCACCUUCCCCGUCAUCACAGACCCAAAGCUCCAACUGGGUAUACGCAAGGAAGAUGGAAAAUUGGAAAAAGCAGCAUCUCAACAGGAAACAAGGUCUAUUACCAAAGAACCUUCACUUCCACCCCUGAAGGAUGCUGUGUUCCCCCAUGAAGCAAUAGAACUACAAAAACAGGAGUCCCUGUUCAGUCUGACACCUGGGAAAGGCUGGCCAGACCAUUUGGAGGCCCCCUCUGAGCAGCAUGGUCCUUUGGAGAAGAUAAAGGAGACAAGUGGAAUAGAAGGAACGGGCGAUGCAGCCCCAGGAGAGAACAUGUCUGAAGAAGGUGGCUUGCCCCAUGAUUUUGGUUCUGAAUCCAGGAACAGAGUUCCUAGCCAGGAUGCCGUAUUGGAGGAAGAAAAAGGGAAGGAGAGUAGAUCUCGGUUAGUCAGGACAGUGCAGAAGGAAGAAUACCUGGGGAAAGUAUUGAAUAGCUUUAUAGAAUCAAGUCAAGCAGAAUUGUCACAGGAAGAAGAGGCAUUGGCUCAUCAGGUCAGAGGUAACAGAUCUGGAGAAGGUUUCCUAGAUGGGGACCACCUUGCAGGGGAGCUAAAGAAAGGAAGCCUUCUAGAAAUCAGAGAGGAGAAAGGAAGCCUUCUAGAAAUCAGAGAGGAGAAAGGAAGCCUUCUAGAAAUCAAAGAGGAGAAAGGAAAAACCAGAGAGGAGAAAGGAAGCCCUCCAGAAACCAGAGAGGAGAAAGGAAGCCCUCCAGAAACCAGAGAGGAGAAAGGAAGCCCUCCAGAAAUCAGAGAGGAGAAAGGAAGCCCUCCAGAAAUCAGAGAGGAGAAAGGAAGCCUUCUAGAAAUCAGAGAGGAUAUUGAGCAGGCAGCCAUGCAGAUAAUUUCCAAAGUGAUCUUGGCAGCAAAGGAAGAAAUGCUAGGGAAAACAGUGGGUAGCCUCAAGCAGCACAACUGUCAACCCUCAGCUAUUUGGGUUGAAGACUCGGUGGAAGAGAGCUUUGUCCUAGCCAACCAGAAACCUGUCUUGGGGCAGAACAUAAUAGAUCCUAGUAGAGCUGUGAUUGAGCCACCAAAGGCAGCAAGAGAGAUAGUAGAACUGGAAGCAGCUGGCCUACAGGAGGAGGAGAAAAAGGAGGAGGAGGAGGAGGAGGAGGAGGAGAACCUCGCUCAUGAGCAAAUCUCCUAUGUGAGUUGUCUGAAGAACAGCCUCAUGUCCAGGGCUGCCCUUGAUGGCAAGCCAAAGAAUUCCGCCCAUCGUUUCUCCUUGGCAGCAUGUCCACCCCAGGCUGUCCACCACAGUGAGUCAUUUGAGGAGGCCAACAUCAGGGUAGAGGAUACCAGCUGUGUCACCUGCAUGUCAGAGGACAGCCAGAGGGCACAGUCAGUAUCCUCUUCUGGUCACAGUUCAGAUUCUGCAGGCACUUCUGGGCUAGAAGAGUCUUCCAUGGAGCCCAACCUAAGCCCCAGCAACAAUCCACUUACUCCUCCGCUGCUGGAAAGGACUGUGUCCUAUAGCAAUGGAGUGUUGAAAGGGGAGUCCUCUGACUUGGGGACAGAGGAUAGAUGGACCACAGAGACAGAGGCUGAUCAGUCUGGAGGUUCAGAUGUGAACAGCAUGGAUUCUGUGGACAGUGGCUGUGGCCUUAGGAAGACAGAAAGUCACUCAAGCUCCCAGGCAGGCACUGAGAGCAACAAGGUUGAGCUCACAAUAUGGGAGAUAGAAGUGCCAAAGCACUUGGUUGGCCGGCUAAUUGGCAAACAGGGACGAUAUGUGAGUUUCCUGAAACAAACGUCUGGUGCCAAGAUCUAUAUUUCAACACUACCUUAUACCCAGAAUUUUCAGAUCUGCCAUAUAGAAGGAUCUCAGCAUCAUGUAGACAAAGCACUUAGUUUGAUUGGUAAGAAGUUCAAGGAGUUGAACCUGACCAAUAUUUACGCUCCUCCACUUCCUUCGCUGACUCUGCCUUCUCUUCCAAUGACUUCCUGGCUCAUGCUCCCCGAUGGUGUCACUGUGGAAGUGAUUGUGGUCAAUCAGGUGAAUGCUGGCCACAUGUUUGUGCAGCAGCAUACGCACCCCACUUUCCAUGCGCUCCGCAGUUUGGACCAGCAGAUGUACCUUUGCUACUCUCAGCCAGGGAUCCCCACCUUACCUACACCAGUAGAAGUAGCCGUAAUCUGUGCUGCCCCUGGGGUGGAUGGAGCCUGGUGGCGGGCCCAAGUUGUUGCUUACUACAAAGAGAGUGAUGAAGUUGAGAUUCGUUAUGUGGACUACGGUGGAUAUAAAAGAGUGAAAACUGAAAUACUUCGGCAAAUCAGGUCUGAUUUUGUUACACUGCCAUUCCAAGGAGCAGAAGUCUUACUGGAUAAUGUGGCACCUCUGUCAGAUGAGGAUCAUUUUUCACCAGAAGCUGAUGCGGCCGUAAGUGAAAUGACCAGAGGUACACCACUGCUUGCUCAGGUUACCAAUUAUAAUUCUACUGGCCUGCCUCUUAUACAGCUAUGGAGUAUGAUUGGGGAAGAGGCGGUGUCUAUAAACCGAACGUUGGUGGAAAGAGGACUUGCCCAGUGGAUAGACAGCUACUACACAAGCCUUUGAUACCCCCCCAGGCAGCCACUUCCUGAAUCCUUUUUUGCACUGUAUUAGAAUUGGGCUUGGCACUCAUGGGAAAGACUUGUUUCACAUCAGAAUACAAACUGUUGUCCUCCCCCAGUAAUAGUCAUUUUUUAGGCCAUAUUGUGGUCACUUUAAGGAAAUAUAACCUCAUCUCUAUGGAAAGCAGGGAUAUUUUUUAAAGCCACAAGGCCAUAGAUUUACAACUCCCUAAUGUGGUUUCAAACUGAAAAAAAAAAAUUAAAAACACCCCACAAAAUAGGGAAGGAUCUUUAAUGAAAUAAAAAUACUUUCUCCUUCACUUCUUUCCCUCCCUCCCAAAAGAGUUGUGGCUAUUCCUGUUUUGUGAGUAUAAUAGCGUUUUAAGCAGAUCUAUGUUGCCCACUCAAGAAAGAGUUUUACUUUUAAAGUCUG